GCUCUGUGACGCUACUUACCGCUGUUGCCUAGGGCAACCAGUGUUUGUUUACAAACACUGAAUGGCUGUUUCCGCUGUUCGGCAUUUGCAAAAGAACGUUUAUUUCUACAUACCUCGUUACUGUAAGGAAAUGAGUUAUAGGAACCAGCGCGAGGAGUUAAGUAAGGCUAUCGCGAGACAUCUUUCCAUUGACAUCGAACAACUCAUAACGCAAAGCGACGUGAAGACCGUCGAACACAUCGUUUCGCAAGUGGGACGCACGGAGACAUGGCGCAAGUUCCAAAAAUCCUACCUGCUUCGCAUGGACCCGAACGAAGGCGGCGAGGGCAAAGACUUUAUUGCAGCAAAGCCUCGACGAGACAGCACAACGUCCAUAGCGAGCAUACUGAGCGAAAGUUCGUUGAUGGGAGGUAACGUCGCCUUGUCUGCCGAUCACAUUCGCGAAGUGUGCAACCUCAUACGCUCCCCGUCGCCGUCUUCCAAGCUACACGCCAUUGAAAUUCUUAACAACGUUUCCAACUACGAGAACCUAGUCGCAUGCGACGAGUGGCCCAUGCUCGACGAACGGAUCAGAUCGUUGCUGUUGCACCCUUCGACGGUGAUCAAGCGCGAAACGUUGCGUCUACUCUGGACAAUGAUGCAAUCUGGAGGCGUUGUGUUCGAACAUACUUACACGAGCCUGCUGCAAGCCGCGAGGGACCAGGUUUGCAAACGCGGCGCGCCCGUGACGUCACAAAAGCUGGACCGCUGCAGCGCCCCUGUUGACGUAGUGGAGUUGCUGAACGUGUACCACAGAAACUUACCGCGACAGUGGCUGAGAUUUCCGCGCAAGGCCGUUAGGCACGUGAUAGAGCAGGCGCUGACGCUCAUGGACGAUGGUAUUUACGACAACUUUUCUCGCAUGUGGAAGUCUUUCGCAUCCGCGGACACCCAAGCCGCGUGGCUGGGCAACUGGUUGCACGGUGCCGAGAGUCGAGCCGUGCUCUUCGAGUGCCUGGCGGACCACGCCAACAUUCUGCUCCACGCCCUGCAACUUGUAACCAAUUACAAAAAGUUUCCGGACUUGUGCCAGCGCAACGUGCCAAGCCACGUUUACGCGGCUUGCGUCCUCUUGCGCGUCCUCACGUACAAGGCCGGCAGGGAGCUCUUUGACUCGCUCAGUUCCGGCGGGAACCCAGAAAAAACCUGGUUCGACGUUUUCAUAAAGGUCGUACUGUUCGCCAAAGUUCUGUGGGGUUCCAAAUACGAAAAGUUCUCGCUACUGCUUAACGUCAUGACUAGAGCGGUGUCGUUGAUUUGCAGCCUCACUGAAAACCCGAUCCUCCCUCAGCAAGCCGAGGUCCUCAUCAGCAGCCUGGUAGACUCAAGCAAAAGCAGCCCGAACGGCCAAUGCAGCACACACAUACUGUCCGAAUGUCUAGACGCAAUGUGCUCCUCGGCGUCCGGCUUGAUUCUCAUCACAAACUGCACCUACAAGUCUUGCAAAGUGCCUCAGAUAAUACUGUCCUCAACGAAGCGAGCCAUAGAGAGACGCAGCGAGCACGGACUGUGCGCUCGGUGCGUGUCCAAUUUCCUGAGGGCGAGCGGCAGGAUUGUCCAAGAUCCGGGAUACCUCCUGUCCGGGGGUUGUGCGGGCGUCGUCAGGCUCCUGUCGUGCGCGUCGGAGCUCAUGGCAGUGGCGGACGAAGAUCUGAAAAGAAGUUUGACGAGUUUUGUGAAAGCCCUGCUCACCACCAGUCUGGGAACGGCUCUGCUAUGUGUAGGAACCGUCCCUGAAGCCUACGAGAAAAUUGUGCUAGAUGUUACGGAUGUGUCCGAGAAAGUAAAGUACUGCACACUCCAUGUGCCUUCUCACUACUCUCACGACGAUUUGGUUCUCUGUGCAAGCCACUGCGUAUGGAGCUUGAAGCACGAACUAAGGUCAAGUCCCGAAAGGGUUCAGGAACAGCUGCUGCACAUGAUGUCGCCAUUCCGACAGUGCAGAACGCUGCUUGGAAAAAAUGCUCAAGACUCUGUGGGGAGCCUGUGGAAUGCGGUGACCCUUCUCACCCCGGAGCAGUGCCUAUCGGAGGAUCAAUUAGUGGUCGCCCUAAGUGUGCUUAAAGGACUCAUAUGCUGCCUAAAGACUUAUGUGUUUCUUCACUCCAGAUACUCGGUGCGUCAGAGGAUACAAGAACUAACUGCCGAUUUUUGUAACGAUGAAGGCAAGCCCAUUUUGUGCGAAGUGACGCUUAAAGCUAAUGAAGUCGAAGAAAAAAUUAAGUCGUUCAGUGGAGGCAAGCCUCUAGCAAUGCCACAGGUAUCGCAAGCAUUUAUGGGUCGUAAGAAAGCUCGCAUUAUUGGAUUGAAAUAUGCGAGCAACAUGAAGGAAGACUUUGAAGCUGUCUUAUCAGAUAACGGUAUAUCAGCUGCAGGGUUCUCUGACAUUAUUGACUUCGAGGACAGUGACAAAGAUGACAUCCUUCCAUCGAUUAGAUCGCUCACACCUGAACAGAGACACGGUAUUCAGCUGACAGUUGAGUGCGGACUCCACCUUGGACUCCUCUCACGUGACAGUGAAGACCAUGCAAAAAACCUCGAGAAGCUCGUUCAUAACGGACGUCACUUUUAUGGUUCGUCAUGUUCAAAGGACAGCUGCGACUUUCUGCUGGCAACCGUGUUUCUGUUACUGAGGGGAAACGUGAAGAAGUCUUCGCAACUCCACAAGUUCUUAUGCGACAGGGACUGCUAUGCCCUUUACUUUCAUGACAUGGAUGGUAUCUGUGACACCUUGGUGUGUGCCUCCUUUUGCCAGUUGUUUGUGGUCAUUCUCAGGGACCAACUGCCAAGACUCUAUCAUGCAUUCAAGAUGUACAGCUAUGAGCCCAGCAAUGUUCUCAAGCACUGGAUAGGACAGUUCUUUUGGGGAUGCCUCUGCUUUGAUGAAAUUGCGGUGGUACUGCUGAUGGUGAUAACCAUGGGAGCGGAAACGCUUCUCUACGUCUGUCUCACCAUGUUAAAACAUAUAGAAGAACAGGCGUUGCAAGCUGCUAACGAAUUUCGCUUCAUCGCCAUGCUGAGGGAAACGGAAAUGCAUGACUUCAAGCUGGUGUCUUACGUUGAAUAUAUCAACUCCUUGGUUGAACAGUAUGAAAGUAUGGUACAAAAAGGUUUACAUAUGUAUGCACACUAGGUGUCGUAUGUCAAGGCCACCUCAACUACAGUCUUUCUAGUAUAUCAGUUUCUGCCAGCUUAUUGAGCCUUUUCUUUCUGCUCAUUCUUCAUGCUGUUUGUGACACCAUUUUGUAAACCUAGGUAAUCGUUGUGUCUUUUCAAUUCCAUUCUAUUUUGCAUAUAUGAUACACCAUACAAACUUCCGCAAACUGUUCGGAGCCAUAGUCAAAUGCUAGGAGUGGAUAAAAUGUAAUAUAAAGAUAUGUUCGAGGCUUUGACAUAGAUAUACACAUACCAAAAAGAAAGGAAAUGUUGGAAGUGUACAGUUUUUCAGAACAUCAUCAUUGUAGAUAUCUUUUUUUGUAAUGCAAAUACGAAUGAACGUUCAUGCAUGAAAAAAAGAAUCUAAUGAUCUUUAGGGCCAGGUUUGCUAUGCAAAAGGGUUCAGCCAGUGUUUGUCGGCACCAUGUGCAGCCAAAAGUGGUUUGAGAUGGAAAAGAUGCCAAAUAUCUAAGUUCGGGCUCUAUGCUGGGAGAAGUGGCAAUUGUAUGUGUUCAACACAACAUAAAUUUUAGAUGCAGUUGUGAAACAUUGUGCCUGCCUCAUAAUAAUGAGUCAUAUUUAAUAUUCAGCCAUAUCUUUAAACACUGCCAUUGCUACAGUAGCUGAACGAACAAUGUAUUCAUAGGAAAAAUAAAC